AUGACCUUUCCGGCGUGCAACCUGCCGGAAUUUCUUCAAAUUCCGGUGACCCAACAAAAGAAACUUAUUAUUAUCAUAAUAUCUAUCAUCAUCAUCAGCUCAUCUAAUCCAACAAAAUCACAAUCUUUAACCGCUUCUCCGUCCGAAGAUGAUAUUUCAAACUCACCGGAUUCCGACAGUACUAGUUUCCAACCAAGUUUAGCAGUUGUCAUUGGAGUUCUUGCUGUCAUGUUUUCUCUAACAUUCUUGCUUUUGGUUUAUGCAAAAUGGUGUCAUAGACCAUCUUCUCCUCAGUACUUGAAUCAAGAAACCUUAGGUGGGUUAACUAGAUCAGUUUCUAGGGUUUCUGGUAUUGACAAAACAGUGAUUGAAUCACUUCCAUUCUUCCGGUUUUCAACGUUAAAAGGGUGGCGAAACGGCUUGGAAUGUUCUAUUUGUUUGUCAAGAUUUGAAGAUGUUGAGGUUCUUAGACUGUUGCCUAAAUGCAAACACGCUUUUCAUAUCGAUUGUGUCGAUCAGUGGCUCGAAAAACACUCGGGUUGUCCACUUUGUAGGUGUAAAGUAAGCGAAGAGGACGUAACCCUUUUCGCGUAUUCGAGUAGUUUUAGGUUUUUAAACAAUCAAUCAGCUGCCCAUGAAGGUUCAAACUUGGAGUUGUUUGUGGAAAGAGAAGGAUCUGCAAGGUUUGGAAGUAAAAGAAGUGUUCACAAGAUGGAAAAGAAGAAUAUUGAUCAUGAAGAAAUCUUGGAAGAUGAAGGAAUGUUGCAUAAGUUUAAUCAUAGGAUUGUGAUAUCUGAUAUUGAGCAUGAUUUGAUGGGGAAGAAUAGAUGGAGUAGUUUGAGCUCUUCUGAUCUUUUGUUUUUGAAAUCUGAGAUGAUUACUUCUUUGUCAAGUAACCUUUUUCAUAAUGAUCAAGAUCAAACUAAUGUUGCUUCUAUGUCAAGCAAAACAUGUGUAAACAAUAAGAACCAUGACCAUGAUCUUGAUCUUGAUCAUCAAGUAAUCAAGAUCAAGGAAGAAAUCAAAAGAAAAAGGGAAUUUGAGAAAAAAAUCAAGAAAUUCCCUAGCGAAGUGCCCGGUAUCGAAUUUUCCAAUGAAUCAAAAUCUGCUAAGGUUGUCGAGAAGCGAUCGAUGUCGGAAAUCAUUGUUCAUCCAAGGUUUCUUGGUGUUGAAGAAUCAAGUAAUAAGGAAGCUAGUUUAGGUGAGAUGAGUGCUAAAGAAGAGAGAUUAAAGAGAUUAUGGCUACCUAUUGCUAGAAGAACACUUCAAUGGUUUGCUAAUAGAGAUGAACAACAACAACAACAAAUUAACACAAGAUCACAAGUUUAAGUUAGAUCUACCAUUUUGUCAAGGAAAAAGAUUGUAUACUUUUUAUAGUAAUUUAUUUGGACUGUAAAAAGAAAAAUCAAAGAGUAUAAUUUCUUUUCUUUUUUUAUUUAGCAUGCCAGUUAUAUAUCGCAUUAAUGUAUUAUUCUUGUUCCUUGCAUCAUGUUUACAUGUUCUGUA